AUGGUUUUUAAAGGGCUUAUUAGAGCAGAAACAAGAGCUUAUGUAAAAUAUUUGGCUGAAAACGAAAAAAUAUCAACAAGGGAAAUUAUUGAGAAAACUGGCAUUUCACGUGCUUCGGUAUAUCGAAUUAAAGCAGCAAAAAAAUCUCUGACUAACACAACUAAUAAAGGCAAUCAUGCCGGCGGUAGACCUAGGAAGUUGGACUCACGUGAUGAGAGAAAGCUUAUACGCACAUUAAAACUGCUAAGAAAAGAAGAAGGGCAGUUCUCGUCUAAGCGUCUAAUGGAAAGGGCAGGGAUACAAGAAAGCCAAGUAAGCAAUAGAACCGUGAGACGGUGCCUCAAAAGACAUGGUUACCAAUUCUUGCAAGCUCGAAAAAAGGGACUAAUGUCUUUGUCUGAUCUCAAGAAAAGAGUAGCGUUUGCCAAGAAAGUCAGAAAUCAUAUCCAGAAACAGUGUGGACUGAACUGGUCGGAUUUUAUUUAG